AUGACGAGAAUCGAUCCAGACGGGCCGCUGCCGUCAUUUGAUGACUUACCAAUUGAUAAAUCGGAUACUAAGAGACCGCUCAAUGCUUACAUCUGGGGCGAGGACGAUGCUAUGGGCUGUCUCAACUUGUUGACUCCAGCAAGAAUCAGGAAUGCUGCUCUGCUUAUCAAGACUGGAAAUAUAUUUCCGUUGAAUUGGGACUUGGAAAAACCAAACCCGCCUCUAUUCGAACGCUCUGCUCUCAAACACGAUGUGCUGCAUCGUCGUAAAGCGACUGCCGAGAAUCCGUUGAAUACAUUCGACGACAUGUAUCAGAACUUUAAUACCCAGUCGAGUACUCAAUGGGACAGUUUCGGCCACUUUUCAGGAACAGCAGGCACAUUCUACAACAAGGCAACAGCUGCCGAUGUAGCUGAAGGAUCCAAAAUCGGCAUUCAUCAUUGGGCUAGGAAGGGAAUAGCAGGUCGUGCCGUCUUGUUAGAUAUUCUGGCAUGGACUAAAGCUACAGGACGCGAAUACGACGCUUCAAGUUCCAAGAAACCUGUUUCGACAGCUGAUUUGGAUGCAUGUGCGCAAUGGCAGGGUGUUGUUUUUCAGGUUGGAGAUAUCUUGUUGAUUCGCUUUGGGUGGAUUGAAUGGUACGAGAGACAAACACCCGAUGAGAAAGCCAAUCUCGGCAAGAAUUUUAGAACCCUUGGAUGUAAUGGUCUUGAAGCAUCUCGCGACAUGCUACGAUGGUUGUGGGAUCAUCACUUUGCUGCGGUUGCAUCUGAUGCACCGCCAUUGGAAGCCAUACCGAAGCCAUUGCCAAAUCCACAUUCAAUGGACUUGCAUGAGACCAUGCUGAGUAAUUGGGGAAUGCCGAUUGGUGAACUGUUUUACUUGGAAGAACUGGCCAACUCGUGCUGUUGGGAUCGUCGAUAUGCGUUCUUUUUUUCUUCCAGUGUGCUCAACAAGUUUGGUGGUAUCGCAUCUCCACCAAACGCCAUCGCAUUCAAGUAG